AUUCAAGUAAAAAACUGACGCUGUCAGUGUCAGUUUCUAUUCCAGUCAAUAAAAUGUCUUCGGGAAAAUCUAAAUUCGUGCAAAAUCUAAUCGAGAGUGACACUGUAGUCAUCUUUUCGAAAAGUUACUGUCCAUACUGUCAGUUAACGAAAGAGAUCUUCGACGAGAUGGACCAGAAAUUCACUGUCAUCGAACUCGACAACAGGAAAGACUGCGAGGAAAUUCAAGAAGUCCUAGGGCAAAUGACAGGUGCUCGAACAGUCCCACGCGUUUUCAUCAACGGAUCGUUUCUCGGAGGAGCUUCUGAUAUAAAGAAGCUUUAUGAAAAUGGACAGCUACACAAUUAUCUCGAUUAAUCAUAUUUCUUGCUAAUAAACGCUCAAAACAGAAGUCCUUUAUUUUCGUGUGGUGAUUUAACUCGACAUAAAUUCAAACAAUGAUGAAUGAUUGACAUUAUGUUAGCAUCUUGCACAAGAACCAUUUCUGACCCGAUUUUCAAAUGAAAUGCGUGUUAAAAUUGAAUUUGCCUGGAUUGAACUGAUGAACCGCAAUUUAGGACAGGUGUCAGAUUGAAUUCUUACAAAGUGGUUAAAUUUAGAAUAAAAUGUAAUAAAAAUGAAGAUAAUGGAAAGUGGAUGGUUU